GUAUGCGAAUGGCAAUUAUGAUAAAUGUUCCCAUUUGGCAAAGCAUCAGACUGAAUGUCGGAAAGUCGCGUGUUCGAUCCACGCUUACCGCACGCACUUUUGUUUUGCGCCUUGUUACUCCUUUUUGGUAAGCGCUCGAUGAUUUUAGCGAACGCCGCCUCCUCCGAUAGUUACCUUUCGCUUUUAAGGGAAUUCCCGCAGCGGUGAAACCCUACUCUAUUUUCCCGCUGCAGUGGCCAUGAGCGAGGCUGAGCAAGCAGAGUGGCAACUCCGUCGUGGCCCUUACCUUGGAGAAAUCUCUGCCCUCUGUUUCCUCCACCUUCCCCCUCAUCUCUCCUCUCUUCCUUUCCUCCUAGCUGGAACCGGCUCACAGAUUCUGGUGUACGAUUUAUCGAGUGGAAAGAUGAUAAACUCUUUUCAAGUCUUUGAUGGAAUUCGAGUUCACGGGAUCACUUUGGACAAUUCUCUCAGACAACUGACAGGCUCUGCUUUUACAUUACGAAUUGCCAUUUUCGGAGAAAGGAGAGUGAAGCUUUUUAAUUUGCAAAUUGAACAAGACAACCAACAGUUUCCAUGUUUUCAUUUAGCACUAAGUCUUAUUCAUGCACUGCCAAAAGUAGGUCACUGGGUGCUGGAUGUUUGCUUCUUGAAGGAGGACGGUGCAACUACUAGCAAAUGGAGCCGUUAUCUUGCAAUUGGAUGCAGCGACAACUCUGUGUGCUUCUGGGAUAUUUUUAGAUGUAAUAUGUUCUCUGAUGUAAAAUCCUCAGAGAGGUGCCUAUUGUAUUCCUUGCGGAUGUGGGGGGAUAAAGUUGAAUCACUCCUUAUCGCAUCUGGUACAAUCUUUAAUGAGAUUAUUGUGUGGAAAGUGGUUUCUUGGAAUCAUGCUACAGUCCUUGAAAAUCCUGUGGAAAACAAGGUGCAAUCGAUUAUUGAUGUGGAUUUCCAGCUUCCUGGUCCGAAGUAUGCAGAUGUUCUUAUAAGUAGGCUUGUAGGACACGAGGGUUCAAUCUUUCGCAUUGCAUGGUUUCCUAAUGGAUUGAAACUGGUAUCCGUUUCUGAUGACCGUAGUGCUCGCAUUUGGGAAAUUCAUUCUGAAAAAGCAAGUUCCUACAACCUAACAGACGACAGUGUCAAUCACUUGACUGGCCCUGUACUGUUUGGGCACAAUGCCAGAAUUUGGGACUGCUGUAUAUAUGACUCGUUAAUCAUCACUGCUGGCGAGGAUUGCACAUGUCGAGUUUGGGAUCUUGAUGGAAGAGAACUUGAUAUGAUCAGGGAGCAUAUCGGGAGGGGAGUAUGGAGAUGUUUGUAUGAUCCGCACUCUUCACUUCUUGUUACUGCUGGGUUUGAUUCUUCAAUAAAAGUUCACCUUCAUAAAUCUUCUAAGGGUUUAGAACUGAGCAAGGGGGAAGAGGAUUUCGUUGACAGAAAAGAAACCUUUACUCUGCUUAUACCCAAUUCUUCAGAGCAUGUUGACCUCAUGGACAGCAAAAGUGAAUAUGUCCGCUGUUUACACUUCUCACGUGAAGAUUCUCUCUAUGUUGCCACUAACAAAGGUUACCUGUACCAUCUUGGCCUAUUUGAUAAUGGUGCCUUCAAAUGGACUGAACUUAUCCGCAUCAGUGAGGAGGCGCCAAUCAUUUGUAUGGACUUGUUAUCAAACUGUUCAAACUUUUCUGAUGAAGUUGAAGAUUGGGUUGCUGUUGGAGAUGGUAAGGGAAGUAUGGCAAUCCUCCAAAUUGUUUGUGGUGCUCGGAACCCAAAAGUUGAAUUUGUUUACACCUGGUCUGCUGAAAAGGGAAGACAUCUAUUGGGCACUUAUUGGUGCAAGUCACUAGGAAAUAGGUUCAUCUUCACUGUUAGUCCUGGAGGUAGCUUGAAGUUAUGGAGAUUAGGGCACACUUUGCAAUUUAGUGCUGUCAGUGGAUCAAGGAGUUGUGACGUGUGCCUAAUUGCAGAAUUCAUCUCAUGCUUUGGAAUGCGGAUACUGUGUGUGGAUGCAUCUUUUGAUGAAGAGGUACUAGCAUGUGGGGACAUACGCGGUAAUCUGAUACUUUUUUCUUUACCAAGAGUCCUACUGUUGGGCACUUCUGUUGCUGCAGAAGUCAAAGCAUCUCCAUUGAACUAUUUCAAAGGAGCUCAUGGAAUAUCAAGUGUAUGCAGUGUAUCAAUUGUCAGUCUUUGUUCUGGUCAAGUUGAAAUACACUCGACUGGAGCAGAUGGUUGCAUAUGCUAUUUGCAGCAUGAUAGAGAUCUGCUCAGUUUGGAAUUUAUAGGGAUGAAACAAGUGAAAGAAUUAAGUGUAGUCCGAUCAAUCUUCUCAACCACCAACUGUUCUGACAAUUCAGCAGUUGGCAACUAUGCAGUUGGUUUUGCAUCUUCCAAUUUCUUAAUAUGGAACAUAACUGCAGAAAACAAGGUGAUACAAAUUUCAUGUGGAGGAUGGCGGCGUCCUCAUUCAUAUUAUCUUGGUGAUAUACCAGAGAUGAAAAACUGCUUUGCAUUCGUUAAGGAUAAUAUCAUACAUGUCCACAGAUGCAGGGUGACAGAAAAUGAGAGACAGAUAUAUCCUCAAAGUCUGCAGUUGCAGUUUCAUGGCAGGGAGAUACAUUCCUUGUGUUUUAUUUUUGGAUGUUCACUGUCCAGUUCAGAAAAGGGGCAGUGCUUUCUUUCUAGACAUUCUUGGAUUGCAACAGGUUGUGAAGAUGGAACUGUGCGAUUGACUGGGGCUGAGCCAGGUAAGGAGAAUUGGUUGACUUCCAAACUACUAGGAGAACAUGUUGGUGGAUCGGCUGUACGUUCAAUAUGCUCAGUGUCGAAGAUAAAUAUCUUUAUGUCAGAUUUGUUGGGUAUGCCUGAUGUGGUUUACAGACAAAAUGGGACCUUAGAAGAGCAAGAGAUUCCUUUCAUUUUAAUAUCUGUUGGUGCAAAACGGGUAGUAACUGCAUGGAAACAAAUAAUUAGGACGAGCAACAAAAGAGUAGACACAAAAUAUAGCGAACUAGAUACUAAACAUGAAAAAAGCUUUAGCUCAUCUUCAGCAACAAUGCCAUUAUUGUCCUUCCAAUGGCUCUCCACUGAUAUGCCAUCCAAAAGUACUAGUUAUGCAAAACGACAAAACACGAAGGGAGUUUUUGAAACAGCUGAAAAUGCUUGCAUUAUGAAGUCCAAUGCCGUAUCUGGUGAAUCACAUUCUUCAGAAUGCAGGAAGAUGGACCAUGGAGAUAAAUUUGAAAAUGACUGGAGAUAUCUAGCUGUUACUGCUUUUCUAGUUAAAGUUUCUAAGUCCAGGAUCUCUGUCUGUUUCGUUGUUGUUGCUUGUUCAGAUGCUACAGUUACAUUACGGGCCCUUGUAUUACCUUAUAGGCUCUGGUUUGAUGUGGCCUCAUUAGCUCCUUUGUCAUCACCUGUCCUAGCUUUGCAGCAUGUAGUGGGUCCUAAGCUUCUGCCAUCUAAAGGAAACGUACAGAUUGGGAAUCUUUACAUUGUUAUUAGUGGAUCUACUGAUGGAAGUAUUGCCUUUUGGGAUCUGACUGAAUGUGUUGGAAAUUUUAUGCAACGAAUAUCAACCUUCAAAACUGAAAACUACAUAGAAUUUCAGAAAAGGCCACGCACAGGCAGAGGAAGCCAAGGUGGACGAUGGUGGAGAUCCAUAAAUAAUCAUAAUUCAAAGAAAAAAACAGGUGGCUUAAAAUCAGUUGGUCAUCAUGUUUUGGACGGAAAAUCUGACAAUGAUUUGAUCUCCACGGAAACUGCAGAAUCUAGCAAUGAAAUGCAAAAUUAUAUUUGCCCAUCAUCAAACAUGUCCUUUCCUGAACAAAGAUGUUCUCCUGUUUAUCCCCAAGUUUCAGAGAAUUCUUCACUUGUUAUGGAAGAAAAAAGAGAUGAUUCAUCAACAGAAAUGUCUGCAGUAGCUGCCAUACAUGUUUUGAAUAAUGUUCAUCAGUCCGGGGUCAACUCUCUUAGUGUUUCUUAUAUAGAGGACCCAGUUAUUUGUGAUUCUGGGUUUUCAUUCUAUGUUGUAAGUGGGGGUGAUGAUCAAGCACUUAGCUUUCUUAGAUGUGAUUUGGAAAUAAAUCACACAGGCCUGCACUCUGAGAAUUUUACUGCAGAAAAUCAUUGUGUGACUUCAACAGCGAGUAAUAACGAGUCUAGUUACAGUUGUCAAAUCCAAAACCAUCAGAUAAAGUUUUUAUCCCUGGAUAAGGUCAACUCAGCUCAUAGCUCUGCUGUCAAAGGUGUAUGGACCGAUGGGCGUUGGGCGUUUUCUACUGGUCUUGAUCAGCGUGUCAGGUGUUGGAACCUUGACCGUGGUAGACUCGAGGAGUGUGCUAAUUUAGUUAUUAGUGUUCCAGAGCCAGAAGCAUUGGAUGUUAAAGCCUGUGGAAGAAAUUAUUAUCUGAUUGCAAUCGCUGGAAGAGGAAUGCAAAUGGUUGAAUUCUUUCCACCAGGUGGAAUGGACGGUGAAGAAUAGGCCAGCUUUCAUCCGAGUGUGAAAGCACGUGUAGUUUUGUGCUAUAUGAGCAAUCAUCAUGCUGAGAUACUCUGUCAUCCUUUCCAUUAAUAAUUAUUUGAAAUUCGUUAUUAGUAGUUGAUUCUCCGAGAAGAAGUAAAAUGUUUAAAAUUUGCGGGCAUAUCAGAAUGUGAAAAUAAGAUUUUCAUUUCACUUACUUGUUAUGUUUCCCUCGGGGUAAUCUCACAGAUGACAUAUAGUAGUUAACGUAUGUAAAACAAUGUCUUAUUCAUGUAGUUUAGUCCCUGAAACUUGAUUUCA